AUGGACUCUCUGGAUGCAGUUAGAAUUAUGAAGAAUGCUAGCCCGUCGAUGAACCCAAUAAGUCCCACCACUUUGGACAACCUUUCAAUGGAUUUGCGAGAAAGGAAGUAUCGCACUGGACCUAUCAUUGACGACGAACUAGCAAGUCCAACUCCAUCUAUCGGGCCAAAAACACCAAGAUUAAAUAGAGGUUUUCCAGAGUUUUCUAGUCCUGGUGUGGGAAGCUCUGCAUAUACAUAUUCACAAUCAUUGCAACGUCAACAUUCACCAAGGAAAUCAAUCAUAUCACCGAGCAAAAACUAUUCCGAGCUGGUCACAAGAUUACGAGCAGCACGGGGUAGUCCUAUGAAAUCGCCACAGAAGGCAGUAGAUGAGGAACGGUAUAAAUGGUCACAGAGAGCACAGAUUGAUAGCUUGAAGGACGAAAAUACAAAGUUGCAUAGAGAACUUGAGAAGGCGGAUUAUUACCGAAAGGAAACCUUAAGGUUGCAGAAGGAGUUGGACAAGGCUCAGAUUAUGAAAGCUGAGUAUGGUCAGUUGCAAAAGAAUGCCGAUCGCUGGCAGAUGGAGAAUGAGCGUUUCAAAGUAGAAAAUUCAAGAUUGAAAAGCACCCUUGAGAUCAAGGAAGCAAAAAUAACUCAGCUACACCUGGAGGUUGGAAAGUUAUCCAAGGUCCAAAAAGAGCAGAAACACACUAUUGAUAAAAAAAAUUCGAGAAUUAUGUGUUUGGAAAAGUCGUUGGACUUAGCGUUGGCCUACUGCACCAAAUGGGAAGGGUAUAUCGACAAGUACGUUGCAAAAAUUGCAGAGCUUAAACGGGACAUAAGUUAUUUAAAAUCAGCACAGGAAAAACAAGAUUUUCAUAACUCCAAUAGAGGACUGCAUGGUGAAUUUUCAGAUAAACUGAUCCAAACGGACGCAACGCGAGACAAGAAGAAGCGAAAUGAGGACAAAAGUGUUUACGGUACGCUGAAUAAUAUUAAUCGAGGAGCAUAUGAAGAGGUUAAUUCGCGGGUGCAAAAUUCUCCCCCUAUAUCAGCUUUUCAGGAUUCAUCUGGUGACUUUGUUGCUUCUAUUGCUGAGAAGGUGUCAGAAAUCGUUCUCUCACGUAUGAACCAUAAGGAGGUGCUGGAUACACCUCAUGGAAUGGACAAAAGUUUGCAAUCGCAAAAUAAGAGUCAUAAUUUGAAUGCUCAAGACCUUGCUGAUGAUAACCUGGCAUCGUCAUUUGUGCAACCGAGAAGUGCUUCUACAGCGACAAACAAGGAAAGUUUACGAGAUAUCAACAGGUCCCAAGAAACGACUCAGGAUGAAAUUGGCCAUGAAAAAAUAAAGCAACCGCCUAAUAGCGAUAAUAUUCCGUCGCUAGUACAAGACCUUCGCAAGGAUUUCAACCAUCUAUUGAGUGCUUUAUCAACCCAGAUUGGGGAGGUUAGUCGAGAAAAUAGUAGUAAACUGCCUCGUUUGGAUAAUCCUGACAGUGAUCCAAUCUUGAAGCCACAAACGCAUUUUCGAAAAAGCAGUCCAGCACGCCAAUGUCCUGAGCCUGUUUAUAGACCAGCAGCGUCUCAAGACCAAGCUGAGCCUCACUUUGAACUGCUUAAUAUUCGGUCGCAGUCUCGACCCUAUCAAAAUCAAUCACUGCAUCAUCACUCCCAAUCAAAUGCACAAACUCAGACCUGUCCAAAUGACUUUGUUAAAGAACGUGAUAACAGAUAUAAUACAUUAUUGGCUACAGGUGAUGACUCUUCUGGUGUGCAAGUCAACACUAGCCAUGGUGGGCUAGGCGGAUCUUCUCAAGCUUCUCUUCCAUUGCCUUUCACGACUGGUGUACAAGUUGGAUGCACAGAGGGCCACUACCCUGAAACAAAUAACAAACAAGAAGCAAGUCAUAUAGUUACAAGCAAAGACGUGCCGGGAGAAUCUAGUAGGAAGCAUCCAUAUUUCUGUUUGGGACCCGAUAACCUUGAAACUAGGGACAAAUGUCCUGUAUGUCAUGCUGAAAGAGAGUACACGGAUUCGAACUUGGCGGCCGAGAUUCUACAAUGA